GUCGAAGUGAAGGACUGAGGUCAUUUGGAAGGAAACCCAGCCGCUCUAUUCUCGUCCAGCUUUCUCUGCCCAUUAUUUGAGUCAACUGCUGCGUUGAAAGACUGAAGGGACUUUUUUUAUAACAAGGAAUUCUUCUUUCCAAAAACAAUUUCUCAACAACAUGACCUCUAAUUCCAAUUUAUCCAACAUGCGACGGCUGGUGGAACAACUGAAGCUUGAGGCCAGUGUGGAACGAAUCAAGGUGUCCCAGGCGGCUGCAGAGCUGCAGCAGUACUGUCUGCAGAACGCGGGCAAAGACGCCCUGCUGGUCGGAGUCCCCACAGGCAGCAACCCCUUCAGAGAGCCACGCUCCUGUGCUGUCGUGUGAAGAGGAAGAAGAAGUGGAAACGUCUGUGGCAUCUCACCCACUGAAGAUCAUGUUUUGUUUUUUAGGCCAUUUUUCGACUAUAUUUUAAUGUUUUUGAAGAGAAAACACAUGAUUUUUUUGAUUAUUUUCAAAUAAAUGUCUUGUUUUACCACA